AUGACAAAAAAUAAAACAAAUACAGUUAAUGUACCUUUAAUAUUUAUUGAGCUAUUAGAAGUAAAAUAAAACACCUUUACAAAAUUUUAGGUAUUUAUCUUGAUAAAAAAAUCAAAUGGAAUCAACAUACCAUGAAUAAAUAUCAGGCUUGUUUAAAAAGGUGAAUUAAUAGUACCAAAAAAGAUUUUAGUAUUGCAGGAAUGAAUCCAUUAACAAAUGUGAGAAAUAUUGGAAAACUUAAUGAUCAAGAUUUACAAAAUGGUAUUUUUGAUCAUAAUCUUACUUGGCAUUCUCAGUAUAAAGAUAGUGCGUUUAUUUUUAUAGGUGGCUUACCUUAUGAUUUGACAGAAGGUGAUGUCCUUGCAGUUUUUUCACAGUAUGGUGAAAUUGUUAACAUAAACUUAGUCCGUGAUAAAAAGACUGGUAAAUUUAAAGGCUAUGGUUUUUUGUGUUAUGAAGACCAAAGGAGUACAAUUCUUGCUGUUGACAAUUUUAAUGGAAUUAAACUAGGAGGAAGAACUAUACGAGUUGAUCAUGUGGGUGAAUAUAGGCCGCCUAAAGGUGAUGAAAAAGAUGAAUCUGGAAAGUACAAAGACAAAGUUGAAGUUUCUUGUGCACCUCGCACACCAUCUCCUUGCACACCAUCUCCUAAAAAUAAUCUUGUGGAUGAGUUUAAGAAAAGUAAAAAGAAGAAAAAGAAAAAAGAAAAAAAAAGUAAAAAAGAUAAAAAAAGCGAUAAAACAAAACAUGAAAGGAAAGGUUCUUUACAAAAGUAUAAAGAAGGGGAACAAAAAGAAGAAAAAAGAAGAUUUGAGAAAUCUUCAGAAUUAAUAACAUCAAAAAAUCAAUCAUUUGAAGCUAAAGAUCGUUACAGGCAUCAUAAAAGUUCAAGGAGUAGAUCUAGGAGCAGAGAUAGAGAUAGAGGAAAACACUCUACAAGGAAUUUAAGGAGUCGAUCCAGGAGUUGAAAGAUUAUUCCUAAUAACAAAUGUAAUUUAAAGUAUUUUGUUUUAAAAAAAAAAAAAUUUUUUAGAUGAA